AUGCCCGCCUUGAAGCGCCUGCUGAGAGCCAGGCUGGGCAGGCGCUGCUCCGCCGCCUUCUGCCUCUUCUGGGCGGCGUGCGGGGCGGCAGGGGGCGUCUUCUUCUUCUUAGCGCACGGCGGCGUCCUCCUCUCCGGGCGCUGCACUGACGAGCAGAGCCACAGGAUCCUGGCCAGGCUGUGCCUUGACUAUAGAAAAGGAGCCUUGACAGGAGACCUUUGCGAAGACUUGUGUGUGGCACAGAAGUUGAUAUACAAGCGCUGCCUUUAUUACGACAGAGGUAAGAAGGUCAUCCAAGCUGACUGGAGAGGCCGCCCAGUGAUCCUGAAAUCCAAAAAUGAAAUCUUCUCUAGCUACCACCACCUUGGCUUUCUGGAGGAAAUGGAACCGCAGGGUAUUCCAGAGGCAGAGCUCCUCCUGAUGGUCGCUUUGGAGAUCAAGAAUGUCCUGGGUCUACAACUUCCUAAUAACACUGUGGUGCCUUUGUGGACGAAGGGGAGGGGCCCGCACUGGAAAGCACAGCUGGCUAGCAUGUGGUCCCUACUCCAACAAGAAGAAUAUAUUUACUUCAGUGUGCUGCAAGACUUCAGUAAACAUGUCCUAAGGGUCAUCGGCUCCUGUGGCCACUUCUAUGCUGUGGAGUAUCUGACCGCUGGGCAUACCUGGCACAAAACUCUCUUUUCUGUGGAAGAUGCGGUCGGCGUUUCCUUUUCUGGGAUUAAAAGCAAGGCGAAGGCCAUCACUGAAAUUGCCAUCAGCUUCCUCGAUAUGGUAAAACAUUUUGACAAUGACUUUUCUCACCGGCUUCAUCUCUGUGACAUCAAGCCGGAAAACUUCGCCAUCCGAAGUGAUCUGACGGUGGUGGCUAUUGACGUAGACAUGGCUUUCUUUGAACCGAAAAUGAGAGACAUCCUUGAGCAGAACUGCACAGGCGAUGAAGACUGUAAUUUUUUUGAUUGCUUUUCGAAGUGUGACCUGAGGAGCCGAAAAUGUGGAGCAGAGAGAGCUAAUAACAACCUCCAAGUCAUCUGUGAAAAAAUAUUCCGUCCCUGGUUUUCUCUCAACUUCAUGGGAUCUGCCGUCUCCUUUCCCCUACAGCUGCAGUUACAGAAGGCAGUGCAGGAUUGUGCAGAAGCCAGCACCAAGGACAUUGGCCAUCAUCAGAGCCAUUCUUCACAUUCUCUUUCAGAGUUAUACCAUUUGCUUCGAGCCAGUCAAAAGGAACUUCAGAAAUCUGGUAGCUACCCUCAUCAAAUUCACCAAUGAUUACUAUUCAGGGAAGAAGGACUUUCAGGUUUUUUUUGCUUCCAUUCAGUAGAAUUAAUUUCCACUUAAUGACUUCUGACUGUGCUUUUCAAAACUGUGAUUGAAGAGGUAGCGUGUUUAUUAUUAAUUCUCUUUGAAAUGCAAAAUAAUUUUUUAUUGGACUCUGCUUUUGCUUCGUUCCUGAACCCAUGCUGCGUCUCCCCUGCUGUUAUUUUGCAUUAUAUUGUUUAUCCAAAAAGCAGCAGCACCCAUCCAAACUAAUGUCUGACCCAAGGGUGGAACAACAUUUAAAUUUCAGAUGUGCUUUGGAGAUGGAGGAGGGGGGAGAACAGCCUGUGGAAUGCCCUCCCACUAGAGGUCAAAGAGAACAACAAUUACCAGACCUUUAGAAGGCAUCUCAAGGCAGCCCUGUUUAGGGAAGCUUUUAAUGUUUGAUGGAUUUCUGUAUUUUAAUGUUUGAUGGAUCUCUGUAUUUUAGAAUUUCUGUUUUGUUGGAAGCCGCCCAGAGUGGCUGGGGGAACCCGGCCAGAUGGGCGGGGUAUAAAUAAUAAAUUAUUAUUAUUAUUAUUAAUUCUAGUUUGAAAAUAAAGAGCUGGGGUGGAGUGGUCACCUAAUUAAUGUUUUAUUCAAUAGAGAUUGUGUAGACUAAGAUCUUUGUUAGCAAGAAAGGGAAUAGAUGUUGGAACGAAGGAUAGUUUUCUCGCUGCCUGCCACCCAUCACUAUUUAAGUCAAAAUAAACCAGCAAUGUUUAGCCCAGUGGUUACAAUAAAACUGUUUUGCCCAUUGACUACAAUAAAACAGCAUCAAGCUUACAAAGGUUGGGAUUGCAAGCCAGGGGUAAACUACCCUGUGCCCUCUGUUGGACUGCAACCCCCAUCAGCCUCAGCUAGCAUGGCCAAUGGACAAGGAUGAUGGGAAUUGUAGUUAGAUUAAGCACAAAAUUGGCUACCCCAUGUACCUCAUCCCAAGCUCAGCCUGGGCCAUUACUUCACUAUUUCAGUGAAACUGCAGCACUGAUUGAACCAAAGGAAUUGGCUCUUCCGGAAGGACUGGGACCAGAGUCAAGAAAUAUGGUGCCUUGCACUUGGCUUGUCAGGUUAUAACCCAGAAUGGUGGUCUACCUUAAAAUCCCUGAAAAGGUGGGACACUCAGCGGCUGUGGUUUCUUUCACCUGUUUCUUUUCAGUCUUUUUAAACCCACCUCUAUUCCUCCUGCUGUGGAUUAUAAAGAUUAAGUCCUGAUUAUUACAGUAGGUGAACAAGAGGUUUGGUAGGGUUGAAAAUCCAGACAAAGUUGUUGAGCUUUUUGGGAAAAAUAGGAAAAAUAAAGUCCAUUUUUGAGCUUUUUAAAAAAAUGGAAGAUAGGCAAAAACGGCACUGCCGGCAUGGGCUGCCAUGCAAUCCAGAUUUUCCCGGACAUCUGACACUGCUGCCGACUGCAGUAUUCAGGAUAUGUCUGGGAAGUUCUGGACGUAUGGCAACCCUAGGUUUGGGCAGAGGAGAAGACAUGGCUACAGAAAUGCCUCUCUAAUUUGGAGUUAAACCAUCAAAAUGAAUUUCAGCCUCCUGCACCCUAGUUAGAAUUGUCUGAGACAGGAGUUCAUCAGAAACCACCUGAACAUCACAGAAUUGCCACCAGUGAACCUCUGUCCAAACAACAUCAAAGGGAAGUUUGCAUCAUUAUAUUGUUCCCAAAUCGCCUCAGACCUCCAGCAAACUGGAGAUGCGUUCAGCAGAUACCUGUGCACAGGGUUUUAAAGAAAAAUGAAUGAAAGCAUGCGUCAUGACUGUGUGGGUUGUUUGGUAGAGAGGAAGGAUUGAGAACUGUGUCCCACCAUGUUUAAUUGUCAAGGGU